AUGUCUGCAUUAACUGCAAUUACUGAACGUAUUGGUAGUUUGAAAUUGUCAGAACGUUUUCGACAAAAUAUUGGUCGUAAACUUUCACGGUCACCAACACGAGUAGGUUCAACUGAAAGCAAUAUUCCUGAUCGACAAAUCUAUGAACAACACGAUCGCACAGUGUCGGAUAGUGUUGUAACUGCUAUUGCAGCUGUACAUCAGUCAACGGAUUCUGGAACAUUACAAGAUGAAUUUAUUGCACCAGCAGUAACUCGGUCAUUUUCGAAGGUUAGAUACACAGUUUCUUGA